UCUCACUAUGUGGGAUUUGAUUGGUUAACAUUACCGUCAGCCACGCCUCUAAGCGAUGUCCUACGGGCGCUGUUGGAACUCCUGUAAGUAGUGGUGAUGUUGUGGUUAUCCAUGCCGCGGACACAUUCUCCGAUCGUUCUCUUGUACGGAAGGCCACCUGUUGCGACAGCUCCCCACGCAUGGAGUUAAGCUCGGACCGUGCGGUGGCAAGGCUGGAGAUGUCGCAGAUCCAGAACGAAGACGGGGAGCCUUUUAAUGAAAACAGCGACGGGGACUACGAGAGCUUGCCGCCUCAUGUCUCCGUGACGACCCACAUGACAGCCGGAGCCGUGGCAGGCGUACUGGAGCACACGGUGAUGUACCCCGUGGACUCUGUCAAGACACGGAUGCAGAGCCUGCAGCCGGACCCCAACGCACAAUACAAGAGCGUGUAUGAAGCCCUGAAACGGAUCAUCAAGACGGAGGGGAUCUUCAGACCGCUGAGGGGCCUCAACAUCACCAUGAUGGGAGCAGGGCCCGCGCACGCGCUCUACUUCGCCUGCUACGAGCGCGUCAAGCACUCUCUGAGUCACAUCAUUCAGAGCGGAGGCAACAGCCACAUAGCCAACGGCGUGGCAGGGAGUGUGGCCACUGUUCUGCACGACGCCAUCAUGAACCCGGCUGAAGUGGUAAAGCAGAGGAUGCAGAUGUACAACUCUCCCUACCGAGGACUUUGGGACUGUGUUCGGACAGUGACGCACGCCGAAGGCGUCGGAGCCUUCUACCGCAGCUACAGCACCCAGCUGACCAUGAACAUCCCCUUCCAGGCGGUUCACUUCAUCACCUACGAACUGAUGCAGGAGCAGCUGAACCCUCACAGGCAUUACAACCCGAGCAGCCACAUAGUGUCGGGGGCGGCGGCGGGGGCGGUUUCGGCCGCCGUGACCACUCCGCUGGACGUUUGCAAAACGCUGCUCAACACGCAGGAGAACGUGGCGCUGAGCUCCGUGAACAUCAGCGGCCACCUGUCGGGAAUGGCCAACGCUUUCAGGACGGUGUACAGACUGGGAGGUCUGGCAGCCUUCUUCAAAGGCGUCCAAGCUCGGGUCAUAUACCAGAUGCCCUCUACUGCCAUCGCCUGGUCGGUGUACGAAUUCUUCAAGUACUUCCUGACGAAGCAGAAGCUAGAACAAGAGGCGGCAUCCGGGCAGCUGUGAUGUUCGCCUCUCCGUGACUCAUGAAACACUUCCAAGCCCAAAGGACGUGAGAGUCGGCGAAGAGGAAAACGGCACCAGGUCACCAGGUGGCAAUGUGGCGCUUUGAUUCCACUCGUCAUUGUCAUCUCAUUACCUAGGUUUGUGUUUUUUUUAUUGUUUUUUUUGUUUUGUUUUUUUAGCUACAGCGAUAGCUGCACAACCACUCUAUGCAAAAAAAAAAAAAAAAAAAAAAAAGGAUUUAUGUCAAAUAGACAAAUAGUGUCAUAUUUAACUUGCACCGUUUCGCUCUACUACCAAGUCAGUCGCAGCUCAGUUCCCUGGUGUCUCCAUGUGGUGAGCACAUGAUGAAGUUGUGUGAAACUAUGUUUAUUUGUCUGAAAUAUUGGAACUUUUUAUUUAUUUGGUUAGCUUCCUCUAGCUCGGAGUUUAUAGCUGCGGAGGAAAGCGCAGUGCUGUUUGUUUUGUUAUGUGUUCAUGAAAACUUUUUUUUCGACAUUCUUUAAUCCCAACACUCUGCGGGAGAGACAGCGACGUUGUAUAAGUGCCUAACUAAUAUCAAACACUGCUCCACCCAUUUUUUUUUUUUUCUUGUACUCUUAUAUAGGAAUACUUGAUUUGUUCUAGGCCCAAGAUGCAUUUAAACACGCACACGUCUUCCUCUGUUUCAAGGUAUGUGGUGCCACAGCAAACCGAUUACAGGUGAAUCUCGGUAAAGCAGAAUAUUGUAACAGAAAUGGAUUUUAUUUCAGGAAUGCAAUUCAACAUUUAAAUCUCAUGUUUUAUAGAUUGUUCACAAGCAAAGUGAUAUGUCGGACUGAUUUAAUUUGCUCAUUUUGAUGCUUUACGGCAUGCAGCUAACGGAAAACCCAAAACAAAAUUCUUCAGGAAAUUCAAAUUUUACAUAAAAGCAAUAAAAAGCAUUACUAAUACAGCAACGUCAGUCAAAGAGAAGUAUGUCCAUGUAGUGUACAGUGCAUGCAGACAGCGCUCGGUAGGAGCUCCUUACUGCAUCGGUGCAGCGUUGCGUGAAGGUGUUUCUGCUGAAGUGUUGAAGUAGCCCGGGUUACAUUCCUGCCCUCAGCUCAUCUACAUCGUUGGCUCUUUGAGGCCAGGUGUGGGCAGAUGCCAAGACCUGCUGGAUUAUGUAAUCUGGAUUUAUUGGCUCCAGGUCCACAACUAGUCAAUCGCCUCUAAAAUGUAUGAAUGGAUUUAGCGUCACACUCCUCUUAAGACUGCACUGUCCCUGCUGCUUGGGCACUCCCACAUUUUUUCCUUCUACUUAUCUUUCCGUUAACAUGCUAGGAUAAAGCGCUCUGUGAAUAGCCAAAUGUAUUUGGCUAUUUUUUUUUUAUGGCUUCCCCUCCUUGUGCCGGUUUCAGGACAUCUGUGAACUCAGCAGUCUUUCUCCAUGGUUUUGUGGGCCGUAGCUUCUUCACACAAUAACAGUUUUGCAUUAAAGUCAUUUGAUUUUUUUUACUGUUAUGGAAUAGUCUAACGUUCUGAUUUGCUGAAUGUUAGGUUUUCCUUAGCUGCAAGCCUAAAUCACUUAAAUUAAUUAAAUUAGGUUUUUAAAACUGCUUUGUGUAAAAUAACAAAAAAAAAAGUCAUAUUUGACGACCAAAUUAGCUGAGAUCUACCUGCAUUUGCCCUGUAAAAGCUUAAUGCCGCAACGCUCCUGAGUCGCGCACAACAGAAUCUUAGCCGUUACAGAACAUUGGCAGCUUGUUUGUAUGAAAUCAGAGGAUAUAUUUAUAUACAGAAAUCGUCUAUUCCUGAGAAACCUCUUUGGAUCAGAUCCGACUGUUGCUUUGGAAGACGGCAGCAGUGAUUGGCUUUUGUGAGACUUGUUUCGUCAUAGCAACCUUAAAGGCUUUAGACUGUCUGAAUCAUCCAAAAAUAUUUCUUAUGUUCUCCUUAUGCAGAUUAUGUGAUUAAAAUGUAAGCUUGUAAAUGAAGUUUUUAAACUAAACAAUACUGCUGCACUGGCUGAUCCUCAUGGGGUCAGUAAAAAAGAAACAACAAAAAAACAAACAAAAAAAAAAGUAUCCGAUCAAAUCGUUUUAUUUUCUCCCAUCCUGUUGAAGUUACUCAUUUCCUGUGUGCUCUAUGCUUUUUUUUUUCAGCCUGUUUUCUAUUUUUUGAUUCAGCUUUCAGGAUAUUUAGCCAGAUUGAUGUAAUUCACAGAGCGCUGUGAUUUAUUUGUUUAUGAUUACCGAGAGGUUUUCUUUUUUUUUUCUUUUUUUUUUUUUGUUCUGAAGACGUUUGUCAGAUUCCAGUGUUCUCACAAACUCCACGAAUCGCUUGUGUGUUCGGACAGACAUAACCAAACCAAAGAUGUGUGUCGCUUUUAAUCUGCUGUGAACACUCAUUCCAUCUCUGCUGUUUAACCUCGAUAUAGUGUUAACGAUAGUAAGGAAAACUUGAAUUUAUUUUUUACAGCUUCUGUUUUAUAGAUUGAUAUUUUCUGCAAGUUUCACUUUUCUCAAAGUGUUUUUUUUUAUGUUUUUAGUUUGUUUUUAGUUUGCCUCAGACGAUCAGAUUUCAAACCAAGUUUUUUAGCUACUUGUCUUAACCUGGUUGAGCUGGUUUAGAGUAUGUAACCUUCUCGUGUUGCUUUCAGUGCAAUAUGACUUCACAGAAACACAAUAGAUUUUAUUACCUACAGCAUAAAUGCAAGUUUAUAUUUUUGAUUAUAUUUGUUUUAUUGUAGUAAAAUCAGACCAUAUCUCAGAUCACUGACGAAACAUUUCUCCUCUUGUAUCAAAAUACAUUUGCAUUUGAAAUGCAUGCACUCAUCGUUCAGAGUGACGAGAAAUGUUUUGAGACGAUGAUCACUGCUAAAUUAAGAGGAAACGUUUGUAUUCUGUGGAGGGAAGAGUUUCACGAUGUAAGUAUGUUUAUAGUAUUUAUGUAGAGCUGAGUAAAGUGGGAGAUGGUCUGACUUUUGCCGAGUUCCAUCUCCGGAUCUGGAAGGCCUGGAGUUUUGACAAUGCAAACAAAACAUGAUUGUGAAAAUGCUGCUACAGUUUGUAACACUGGAGCUGAAAUAAACACGGAGAUGAGGAA